CACCUACAAAAGGACGAAAGCAAGAAAAAAAUACCACUUCCCUUAAAUAGCUCGAGCCUUGAUAGUGGCAAAAGAAAAGUAUCGGGCCCUCUUGUGUUUUUCUAACCCACAGACGGAUAAAACGCGACGACACCUCCGAGAUGAUGAUGGGGGGCUGUCGCAUAAGACCACCGGGAUGCCAUGCCAAACCAGUGUGCAAAGCUUCGGCGUGUAAGUGUCCGGGGGAUAGGCGAGAUUCAUGCACCUCCAAGUGCAAGCCGACAAGUUGCACUUGCAAGGCCAGUAACGCCAGGUGCAAAGCCUUGUGUUGCAAGAUUCCGGUGGAGAGGAGAGACCUAAUAUGUUCGCCCCAUUGCAAAAAGCACACGUGCGAGCAUUUCUGGGAACUGAUCAUCGGAGGAACGGACCGUUGCGAGGCGGAAAAGAGUCCACAGGAUUCCGUCUGCAAACUCCACGUAAGAUGCCAGGCACCCGAUUGUAUGAAUGGGAGGAUGCAGUAUUGGGACUCCGCAGGUCCGACGCCGCAGUACAGACGUUGGAGGUACUGUUGCAGCCAUAAGUGUUCGUCGGCUGUCUGUCCAAAUAGGUGCGCCGUGGUACUACUAGGUCAAUACCACCGAUAUUGUGACGAUCAUAAAUGCCGGGCACGCGGGUGCCCAGAAGAGGCCACAAACAACACAUCACAUUGCUGCCAGAGACAUACAUGUACGAGUCCGGGAUGCAUGAGUAUGGCAGAGAACAAUUCCGUACUCUGCACAGUUCGUACGCCUUACCAUUCUACAACGAGAAGAUAUGGUUAACUGACUCAGCUGGCUUUUCUAGACAACAGAUGCGAGUGGCGUCCGAUGUGCAGCCUGCCUAAAGCACCUGGACGAAGAUACUGCCAGGGGCGUAUGUAUCAUAUGCGUCAGUGACAUCU